AAAAAAAAAAAUAUUGCGUCGUCGUACUGAACUUCUGCUCUUUGUUUGUUAUUUUAUUUUUACUGUUAUCUACGUGUUAAUAAUUAUAAUUAAAUAAGUGCUUACACAUCAGUAUUAUAUUUCGAGCAUUAAACUAGUGGAAUAUAAAAUUAGUGCGAGGGAUCGUGGUAAAUGACGUAACUACGGAGGGUGUUUCACAAUCAACAUGACUGAUUCGAAAUCCUUCAUCAGUUUUUCCUGCCAGAGGUGUCUCCAGCCUCUGAAGUUGGACGAGUCCCUCAACAACUUAGGCGAGCACACUAUAGCGGACCUGACCCUCCAGAUUCGGCGGAAUAAUGAAGCAGAUUUGGAUUUGCAGUCGUCGAGUUUGGAGCACUACGUGCCUCCAUUCCGAAUGUCAGAGUCAGGUAAUGGAGCGAACGGGUUUAUGGUCAUCUCUGACGGAUGGGAAACUACAUCUUUAGGUCACCAGCUGCAUGUUAAAGCCACUCUCUUCGACUUACUGUCAAAUAAUUCUGAUGUCGACCAUCCUUUGUGUGAUGAGUGCACAGAUACGUUAUUGGAACUGAUGGAUAAUCAGUUGCGGCAGACUGAGGCUGAAUGGAAGGACUACAAUGACUAUUUAAAAAAGCUGGAAGAUGAUAAGGAGGAUUUGAAUUUGGAAGGCCUGGAAAAGGAGUUAGAUGAUUGGAAACAAGAACAAACGAGGUUGCUCCAAGAGUUGUCUUCUUUGCAAAAGGAAGAAAGAGCUAUGAAGGAGGAGAUAGAGGUGCAAGAAAGAGAGAAGGAUAGGCUGGAGAAAGAGCAAGAUAUAUAUUGGAGAGAGUACACACGCCAUCGCAAAGAUUUGAUGACAACGGAGGAUCAAAUGAAAUUCUACGAUUGCCAACUUGCAUAUACACAGUCACAGUUGGAGAAGCUGAAGAAAAUGAACGUUUUCAAAGCCACUUUCCAUAUAUCAGAUUCAGGGCAGUUCGGAAUCAUAAACAACUUCAGACUAGGCCGAUUGCCGACCGCUCCAGUUGAUUGGUCUGAAAUAAAUGCGGCCUGGGGUCAAACCGUUCUGCUUCUGUCCUCGUUGGCACGGAAAAUUAAUUUUGCAUUCCAGAGAUAUCGCUUAGUGCCGUACGGCAAUCAUUCAUACAUAGAGGUUUUAGAAGACCAGAAAGUCUUACCGUUGUAUGGUUCCGGUGGUUUCCGCUUCCUCUGGGACACGAAGUUUGAUGCAGCAAUGGUAGCAUUUUUGGAUUGUCUCCAGCAGUUUAAGGAGCAAGUGGAGAUGGGAAAUACUGGUUUUUGCUUGCCGUACAGGAUUGAUAAGGGAAAAAUUGAGGACACAGCGUCCCCCCCUCAUGCGUAUUCCAUUAAAAUCCAAUUCAAUUCCGAAGAACACUGGACUAAAGCCCUGAAGUAUAUGCUGACCAACCUAAAGUGGGCUCUCACUUGGAUCUCAUCUCAGUUUACUGAAGAUAGAAUUAUUGAUAAUAAUUAGCCUAUUUCCUUCUGUGAUAUACAAAUAGUUCGUUAAACUUGUACCUAAUUUGUAUUAUUAAAGUCUUUGAUUAUCA